CACACCUCCCUUUACCACGUUCGGUUACCCUGCCAACACGCCAUUUACACUGUUUCGUUUUUGAAAAAUGGAUUUCCUCCGCCUUACCAACAUUAUUCGCAUAAUCUUGCUCUUCUCCAUCGCCCCAUCUUACGGACAACGUCUCUCCGCUGUCUAUUCGUCUACAAGUCUUGAAUAUCCGAGUUCCCUAAUUGCUGCAUUUCACGAUGGGGACGAUUCUAUUUAUGUAUUUGGCGGUCUCGGAGACAUUGGCUUUAUCAGGAAAAUUUACCUCUACAACAUUACAUCCGACACGAUCCGAACCAUUGGAUCUAUUUCAGCAUCACGUCUACACGCUGGCUCAAUUCAGCAAGACAAAGAUGGGAAUUUAUUAUAUUUUGGUAAUGAAGACGUGAACUAUCGUGCCAUCAAAUUUGACCCGGUACAAAAUACCACUUGCCCAAUCCCUGACACACCAGAUUUGAAUGGUUGUCGCGCUAUCAAGUACAACUAAACCUCAAACAUUAUUCAUAUCGUUAGGAAGGAGGGCAAAAUAACAACAUUUAACAUCGAAAAUGAAACAUAUACCGAAAUUCCAGAUUUAUCGUUUCGCUCCCUUGUUUCGACAGGUGUUCGAAAUACUAUCGUGGGAUUUAUAGGCUCUGUAAUAAACACCUUGAAUCUUGAUAGUUAUGAAGUUACUGCACGUAGUCAUGACAUGCCGUAUUUUAAAUCUUACGACAGUAUCGUAUUUGACGGUCGUAGUCACAUAUAUUUGAUUGGGUCAUAUCUCCCCACACCCGAUAGACCUGUUAGAGCCGUCAGCGAAUGGAACGUAGAUACUUUUGAGCACAAAUUAAUUCCCGUGGAUAAUUUUCCUUUCAAUGGUGAAAGCGACUAUUUUUACUACCCGCCUGCCACCGUGUUUGUGCCGAAAUUAAAUCGAAUUUAUCAUUUCGGUGGGACAUAUCAGCCAACCGGUGGAGGAAAUCCGGUGUACCUCUCCAGUAUUUGGUAUUUGGAUUUAAACGAGUUGAACACCACUACAGCCAAGCCAACGACCCAGUCGACUGAACUCCCCCAAACGAAUCAAGAAACUACCCAAACUGAACGUACCACGGCGGCACUAACCACCUCCACCACGGAAACGGCAACACCAUUACCAGAUCUUGUCACGUGUCAUAAUAAAACUGAGGGCUGGCAUCCGCAUCCCUACGACUGCGCCAUGUAUAUCGGGUGUCAAGCCAAUGGAGACAUGUUGCUACUCCGCUGUCCAGAACCUUUGCUUUUCGAUCCUGGAGCCAUAACUUGUCGACCACCUCAACAAGUCAAUUGCGCAACCACAUGCGUCGGAAAGCCCAACGGGGUCCAUCCCCAUCCCCAGGAUUGUUCCUUGUUCAUCACUUGUGUCAAUGAGGAGCUGGCCGUUUCCGGGUGUCAAAUUCCACUCCUCUUCGAUCCUGCCCUCCUCCAGUGCAACCUACCAGAGUCCGUGACCUGCUAAUUAACUUUGUUCUAAAGGAAAUACAUUCAAUACAUAUCAAAAUUCAUUGCAUUACAAAAUCCAGUAAUUAUUUAUUUCUCGGUCAUGUCUACCUAAGUAAGUACGUACAUAUGUAUAUCCUAUAAGGUAGAACUUGCCAGGUUGAAAAGUAUCUGUUACGCGAGUCACUUGCCUUUCAUACUUUUCCACGUUACUUUAAGCAGGGUUGGGGCUGGAGGGAUAUGCCUAGAAAAGUUGGAGAGCAAUGACAAAGAUAUCCAAAGAUGAUGUUGUUUGACUAGGAUUGUUUAUAAAAUAAUAAGUAUCACUUUAAAUUAGUGAAAUUCGCUGUGUGUAAUAAACUGGUUGACUUUUAGUCAUACGUCCAUAUUUUUUACAAGUAAGGAUGGCUCUUAUAAUUAAUUUUUAUGAUUUAAAAAUAUUGAUUUUUAUUAUGUAUUCUAUUAUGUAUUCCCUUUACUGAUGUGAUGUAAAUUAUUUCGAUUUGUAACCGACUUGAACCACGCUGCAAAAUUUCCCGGAACAAAAUAUGAGGAUGACAAAAAUAGAUAAGUCUGAUCCAUUUCCUAUCAAAACCCAACAUAUUCUUCCUAUUCCUGUCAAUUAUUAAGGAAAUUAAAUAAAAACGAUGGAAAAAAUUAAAAAA